CUUCUUCUCCAAAACCCUGAAAAACCCUUUGUAAUUGUAAGACCUUUAAUAGUGGGGGUUUUUAGGGUUUAUGGCGAUUCGCUUCUCUGGCUCGUCCUCGGAGGUGCUGCGCGUCUUCAACCGGGCGGUGGAUUUGCUGGCGAGCAGCGCGCCGGAAAGCGACCAGGAGCUGCUGGAGAUGGUGAGGAAGGCCAAGAAGGAGCAGGAGAGCAACAUCUUCCAUCCGCCCAAGAAAUUGCGCACUGCGCGCGCGGCUGGAGAUAGCGAUUCCACUGCUCCUGCUGCUACUGCUACUGCUGCGGCGUCCAAAUUGGGAGCAUCGUCUCGCCCAUCUGACCAGCAACAGGCCUCUAACCAGCCGCCAAAGCCGAGUGGAUUGGUGCGAUUGGGCUCCAACGCCGGCGUCGCAAGGGGGCGCGUCGAGAAACCCAAGCGCAAGCCAGGGCGGUAAUGCCCAAGAGCCCUAAAUCUGCGAAUAUGCUGGAUGAUGCUUAUUUAAAAAGCUCACAGAAUAUUCUUGUAACGGCACUCGAAUAUUACGUUAGAAUGUUAGGGUUUAUGGCCGAUGGCGGACGAUAUUUUGGAAUUCGUGCGCCAUCGCGUCUUCCCCGAGCGCCUGCACGCCAUCGAUGCGUCCAUGAAGCUGCCAUUCGCUCCCUCGCUUCUACUUGCAGCGUGCGAUGAUCCAGAGCAGCGGCAUUGUGUGCUGGGGAAUUUGGAAGAUCACAGGUGCGUUUCGCGAGCGCUCGAGUAUGCGCGGCUGGAUUACGGGGAGAUCUCGUGUAAUAUCGGUGCCGAAGCGGAGAAUGCCGCGCCUAUGGACGAAGAUGGAUUGCUCGAUGGCGGGGAAAGUCCGGACGAAUGCCUGGCGUUUGAGCAGGCUACUGAGAAAGGGCGCGUUGAGCUUGUUAUAACAUCCUUGCUAGGAAGAGCUUCAAAAGCAACCUCGAAUUCCAGCAUGGGCAGUAUUUGGAAUAACACGGCAUAUCUAUCCGAGCUAAGGUUGCUUCUUCCAAUCGCUGUUUCACGUUGUCCAGGAAUUUUCACUCCAGAGCUACUCGUCAAAAGCUUGCUGACUGCUGCCUGUGGCAUAGAGCUUCUUGUCACAACGCUCGCAAACAAUCCAUCCCUGGUCGAGCGAGCUCCAACACUCCUGGUGGACCUCGUGAAACGGGAGUUAGAUCAAGAGUCAGCCCGUGAAAAGUCGCCUGCUGAGCCUCGUUUUAAGCCGUCACGCGAGAUGGAAGCCGCCGUGUGGACGCUGUUCAAGCUUUGUCAGGUCUCUCGUUCGUUCGCCUCGACUUGCAGAGACGCGAUGGUGGAGGCAAUGGUUCUCGAGGAGCUGGCAUUACUGGUGACUCUGGAGGUUUUACACGACGAGUUCGAGUUCCUAUCAGAAGUUCUGUUCAAGAGCUUUACACUUGGUGGAACGGUACAUAGCUUAUUGCCAUGGUUGGCGCAGUAUCUAUCGUCGAGAGAGAAAAGUUUGCUGCCACUUCCGCGUAUGACCGACAAGGAGGGUCUCUCGACGCCAUCCGAAAGAUUUGUUAACAAGGAAUGGGUGACUUGCGAGCUCAGGAAGGCCUUGCUGAGGCAUGCGAGGAGGAUAAAACAGAAAAAAGGAUGGUGUCCUGAGCUAUAUGCACACUUGAAGAUAUAUUGUGUCUUGAUUCGAGUUGGAGACAUCUCGCCAUCGUUUGAAGAGAGUGAUUUCUGGUUGAAAACAAUUGCGCAAGACAAAACAAAGCCACCCUGUUGUUCGCAACGUAUUCUCGAACUUGGAGUUGCAUAUUUAUGUUUGGUACCAGGUCUAGCUGGAAGCCCAACGAGACUGCUGUACCAUGGAUGUGUGUCGUACUUGCUCUCACCCGUGAAGCAAGACAGCGGUUUUUCAUCGACUGUGGAGCUUGCCAUAUGGUUGUCGGUGCAGCUAUUUCUACGAAACUUGAACAACAUAGCCCAGUUUGUUAGGGAGUCACUUGGAAUCCACGUGACAGUGCACCAUGGUUUGAUGCAUGAUUUUGCGUCGGCUGCUGGAAUAACGUCCGACCCGUCGCUGAUUGCAAAUGCCGUUGCUGCACUUCGGCCUCAAGGUGCUCUUGCUGGGAACGUGAAACAACAGAGUCGUGCACUAAUGUGUCUCACGCAACUACUUCACGCGGGUACGUUCAGUCGGUGCUUCACGGACAUCCUAGGUGCAGUAAUACACAGUAUUUCAAGAGCACGCGAGCCUGUUUGUCGUGAGGUAGUGCACUUGAUCCAAUCUUAUAUGGAUUUACCGGUUCAACAAGGAAAUGCCAAAGGCCCUAUAUUCAAAGCGGUCGAGCUGGAGACGUUCUUAUUGGAUGCCAUAUCUCCUGGCAGCUUGUCUUUUUAUAACAACUGUUCGGAUGAUGGUCUGCGGGAAGCUGUCGAUCAGGCGCCGGCAGUUCUCGCGACAUACUUCAUUCUCUGCAGAGAACACCUCCUCAGAAGUUUGGGUGUUGACGACGAUGUAAAGUGGUGGCCGGAUUUGGUCUCAGGUACACCUUGGAGGCUGGUGCUCUCGUACAUGGAGAAGUUCUCGUCGCAAUACGAAAAUCUUCUUCCUCAGUGGCUCGCUCUCGCAACUGCACUCUUCCCUGAAAAGUUCAUCGUACUCAACCAUCUUGACCAAAUGGAAGCAACGGACAGACUUAUUGAUACGGUAGGCGUCGACGUCGCAAUGACCGACGAACAUGCGGCAGACAGGGACUCUUUAUCAGUGGACGCAAUUCAAUCGGCAAGAAAGAAGGCUCCAAGCGAACCACAACUUAUUCUCCGUGUUCUGGACGGAAUGCGUCGGCGAGCUUCUAGCUAUGACUGGAAGUUGACAGACGUGGUUGGAAAGCCCAGCUACUGGACGCUAGAGAGCACUCUUAUCAAGGAAUUGCUGCCGUUUUUAUUGGACCCAACGUGCCCGCAUGACGUACAGGCAAAGUUUUGUAGCUGGUGGUACGCUUUGCCAGAUGCUGCGAAGGAGCCUCUGAUCAUAGUCUUCUUCAAAGCGAUUAAGGUCUCUGGCUCGGCCUAUACUGGUCUCUUGAAGGAAGACACGCUACUGAGCUACAGAACUUUGGUCCGGGAUCCCUUGCUUUUCUUAUCGUGCGACCCGAGGCUUUUUCGUACGCCGAUGCUAGCGUUUUACUUGGACACGCUAAUGGAGAUCCUGAUAGUGAACAGGAGGCUGUGCGAGGCAUCGAUAUUGGAGUCUGGGAAAGAUGGCCUGAGGCGUGAAGAAAUCGCCACGGCACUCGUUUCUCAAUACAGCGCUGUCUGCCAGAUUCUACUGGAGCGUUGUGAUUUAAGCCAGGGGAAAGAGUCUUUGUCGAUGGCGAUGAACAAGCUUGUUUGUAAGACGGUGUCAUCACUUCUUACAGUGAACUCUCUACUUCUGAAGCUGAUACAUUUCCAGGGAUAUGAUUCAACGCGUAUACCGGUGAUGCUAGAGCAUGUCCCUGCAAUGGUCCACUGCCUUGAUUUUCUAGACGAGUUAUUACAACAGCAGCAGCAACACAAACAAGUUUUUGCCAUCCUUCUCGCCUCGCACGUCACUCGCUGCUAUCCCGAAGCCAAUCUAAGCUUCCAAGUGGCAGAGAGGGUAGUCUCUCAUGUUACAUACAUCCUGUCCAAGGUCGCUGGCAGCAGCGAGUUUUUAGCGCAGAUUUUGCAGCCCGUCGCAGAGAUUGCCACCACCUUCCCUGUGCUCGCUCCAAAAGUGGUGGCCAUCUUACAGUCGUGUAGUCGAGCUGGAGCUUCGUUGAAGGCAGGAGGCCCUCCUCGAGACGCCAAGCUCGAGGCGGCCGCAGUGGGAGCUCUCGGCCUUGUGGUGGGAACUUGACCAAGCGAAAAGAAAGAGGUAAAGCGACUGGAAUCGCAAAGCAAAGCUCCAGAGACAAGGAUGCAUUUGUUAAGAGGAGGAGGCAGCUCUUUCUAAAUGCCUGAUUAUGUGUAAGCAAGACAGCUCCAAGAUGGAAAGUGUGGCUUCUUCUGUCUUUCUUUAA